CUCCUCCUCGUGCUUAUUCCUGUGCAUUUCCGCCCCCCAGCCAGAAUCUCUUGUAUUUAAAUGUCACGGCAAAUGCUCCCCUAGCCUCCACUCACGCUUGUCAGUCUAUCCUAGAGCAGCGUUAUAACGGCCAGGGGCUCCGUUUAAAUGGCCUGUUACGGAGUGCUUUAGAGUUGAAAAAUAAUAACCUUCAUCAGCAGCAGCGGCUGAAUAGUCAUCAGCAGCAGCGUCUUUUUACUGCCCGUUCGCAGUGUAGGCUUGCUGGCGGGAAUAAGUGUAAAUGGCAGUGUUUUGUAAUGCUGUGUAACAUAUACACGGUUUGGUUACUUAUAUCGCGAAACAGAUUACCAACAAUUAGGCCGUGUGCAGAAAAUAUAAAGUAGAAUUUCUACUUUCACUGAAAAUAUAUUGGAUAUUGUGAAUUAUAUGGUUCUGUAAUUAUCAUAAUGAAAUUCUUACUCGAGAAAUUAGCUUUCAUAGACGAAUGUGUAAUCGCUAUAAUUAUAAAAAGCAUAAUUUUACAAAAUACAUUUGUAAAUCUGGAGGCUUUCGAAUAAGGACAUUACGUUGUUUUGCACACACAGCACACACACCCCAAUCCAAUCACACACCACCACUCCAACACACGCACUAAAACACAAAAUAGACACACAACAACAGCCCAACACGGAUGCACACGCAAACAUACAAACACACUCGUACAUAUCGCAUUGGCUGCAAACUGCACAGACACACACACUCGCACCGGCAUAUACACACCGUAUAUAUUGCAUUACAGAAGCUACAUACACCAACACACACAGCCCAGUGCAUGCCGCAUUAGCUACAACCUGCGGACACCAAAGACAAAUAUCCCCCGUACAGCCGUAACAAACUGUUGGGGCAAGUGCCGUUCGCGAGCAAGUGCUGUACACAUCACACACGCGCACAUCAAUACAAAACAACCCCGCACAUAACCCAUUCGCGACGAGCUACAAACGCGCGCACACCAAAAAAAACGCACGCGCGCUUAUAUUCAACACAACAUCAUCAGCAGCAGUAGCAGCAGCAGCAGCAUCAUCAGAUCGACGAUGGCCGAGUACAUGCGGAACAUCUUCCCGUACUUUCUCAAGAUGCUGCAGAGGGUCGACCUCACGACUGCGCGCGCUAACAGAAGCGCCAAGUCACCACUCGACCUCGGCAUGACGAUGUUCAACGAGUCGUCUCGAGCCUUCGUGAACAGCACGCUCGUGUUCUCCUUCGACAACAUGACCGGAUCGCUGCGCCACGGAGCCGAAGCGCAAAACUUCACGGUUCAAUCGCUGCUCAUCGUCGCCUACUCGGUGAUCAUCGUCAUCUCGCUGUUCGGCAACGCGCUCGUGUGCCACGUGGUGAUCAAGAACAAGCGGAUGCAGUCGGCGACCAGCAUGUUCAUCGUGAACUUGGCCAUCGCCGACAUCAUGAUCACCACCCUCAACACGCCCUUCACGCUGGUCCGAUUCGUGAACAACAACUGGGUGUUCGGCAAGACGAUGUGUCACGUGAGCCGCUUCGCUCAGUACUGCUCGCUCCACGUGUCCACACUCACGCUCACGGCCAUCGCGCUCGAUCGAUAUCAGGUCAUAAUGCAUCCGCUCAAGCAGAGGAUGUCCAUUCUCAAGGGCAUCCUGUGCGUCGCCAUCAUCUGGGUGCUGGCCACCGUCUUCUCUCUGCCGCACGCCGUUUUCCAAAAGAUAUUCCGCUUCCAAUACAGCAAGGGCAACUUCAGGAGCCUCUGCGUGCUGUCGUUCCCGGAGCCGGCCGACGUGGUGUGGAAGGCCCUGGACCAGGCGACCUUUGUGCUGCUCUACGUGCUGCCGCUGCUCAUCGUCUCCGUGGCCUACGUGACCGUCGCCAAGAAGCUGUGGCUGCGCAACGCCAUCGGCGACGUCACCACCGAGCAGUACGUGGCCCACCGGCGCAAGAAAAAGAAGACCAUCAAGAUGCUCAUGCUCGUGGUGGUGGUCUUCGCCGUCUGCUGGUUCCCGCUCAACUGCUACGUGGUGCUGCUCUCCAGCCAGGCCAUCCAGACCAACAACGGCAUCUACUUCGCCUUCCACUGGCUGGCCAUGAGCAGCACCUGCUACAACCCCUUCAUCUACUGCUGGCUCAACGAGAGCUUUCGCUCCGAGCUCAAGGCCCUCGUGGCCAUCUGCAGGCCGCGGGGAGGGGCGGCGGCGGGGGAGGCCGGCGGCAACCCGCUGGACGUGAUCCCCCGCGCGUCGCGCCAGGCGUGGGCCGAGCGCAGGAGCUACCGCCGUGGCGCCCGCAUGGUGGAGAGCCGGCUGACGUCGACCCCGGCGGUGGUGGCACCGGAGGAGGAGGAGGAGGAGAAGACGGAGGAGGCGUCGUCCGAUCUGGUGGAUGCGAGGCAGAGCAGGAACAUCCUGAGGAGAGCCCGAGACAUGCUCCACCCCGUGCACUUCCAGAAGGAGAGCGAGGCCGUCAAGGUGGAGGAGGACCUCAUGACGCUGUGAAGGAGCCCGCCCCUCCCUCGUCUUGCUCUCCCGGACACCACCGACCCCUACUGGCAGACACAUGCCCCCUGGAGGGCGGCUGCUGCCUGUACCAUGGGACAGCUGCCUGGUGGGGGGGGGGGGGCGUCCCUUGGCUAGGACUGCCUGGGGGGGUCCCCUUGGCUAGGACUGCCUGGGGGGGUCCCCUUGGCUAAGACUGCCUGGGAGGGGUCCCCUUGGCUAGGACUGCCUGGGAGGGGUCCCCUUGGCUAGAACUGCCUGGGCGGGUCCCCUUGGCUAAGACUGCCUGGGAGGGGUCCCCUUGGCUAGGACUGCCUGGGGGGGUCCCCUUGGCUAAGACUGCCUGGGAGGGGUCCCCUUGGCUAGGACUGCCUGGGGGGGGGUCCCCUUGGCUAAGACUGCCUGGGGGGGAUUCCCCCUUGGCUAAGACUGCCUGGGGGGGGGGUCCCCUUG